AUGGAGUACUUGCAGGAAUUAUCUAGUGAUUUUGGCGAUUUAAUUAAUGACAAAGAAGAAUCUAAUGUGAUAAUACAAAUUGGAGAGGAACCAAAUAUAAGAGAAUUUAAAGCCCAUACCUUGGUAUUGAGAAGCAGAUCAUUAUAUUUUCGUACCGCUUUGUCAAAUAAUUGGGCAAAGAAAGAUGGUAAUAUUUAUAUUUUUAAGAAGCCAAAUAUUUCUCCCGAAAUAUUUGAUAUAAUAUUGAGCGGAAAGAUAACAUUUAAGGGCAAAGAUGGUUCCAAGGCUAUUGCCUUAUUGGGAGGUUUAGGUGAUUAUAAAUUAAGUAAAGUUCAAUUUCCAAGUAAUGCUAUUUAUUGUUCCACCUCAAAUGGUCCUUGUUUUGGAAAUGGCGAUUUGUGGAUGACAGGAAAUUUUGGAAGUUCAAAAAGAACUUCUUAUAAAGAGGUCAUAACCGAAUCUUUUAAUUUUUUUGCGGAUGAUUAUGAAGUUUUUCAAUUGGUAAAAAAAUGA